AUGACCUCACGCAGUCACGUCGUCAAGCGAGUCGGCGGGGCCAGGGAUUGGCUGGCUGAGGCUCAGCGGCACUUCAAAGCCGGCGAGGGAGCUACAAUUGUGGUGGAAUGGGCGGAACUGAUCAUUGUAUUGCACACCUCUAAAAAAAACACUGCCUCUGAUUUAUCAAUAUAAAAAAGAUCCUCUGAGAGGAGGGCACUUUUGUGUGAUGGCAACUUCACUUCUAGGGGAGGAACCGCGGGUAGGCUCCACGCCGCUGGCCAUGCUCGCCGCGACCUGCAACAAGAUCGGCAGCCCCAGCCCCUCGCCGUCCGCCCUCUCGGACAGCGCGUCCUCUUUCGGCAAAGGCUUCCACCCCUGGAAACGCUCCUCCUCCUCCUCCUCGUCCUCGGCGGGCAGCUGCGGCGCCGUGGGCUCCGGCCUCCCGGGCUUCGGCGUGGCGGGCGCGGCGCGCAACGGCUCCUCGGCGGCGGCGGCGGCGGCAGCGGCGGCGGCGGCCGCCCUCGUCUCGGACUCGUUCAGCUGCGGCGGCUCGCCGGGCUCCAGCGCCUUCUCCCUCACCUCCAGCAGCGCGGCGGCCGCCAGCUCGCCCUUCGCCAACGACUACUCGGUCUUCCAGGCGCCGGGCAGCGCCGGCGGCGGAGGCGGCGGCGGGGGCGCGGCGGGGCAGGAGGCGGCGGCGCACCAGCCCGUCUUCAUCUCCAAGGUGCACACGUCGGUGGAGGGGCUGCAGGGCAUCUACCCGCGGGUGGGCAUGGCGCACCCCUACGAGUCCUGGUUCAAGCCCUCGCACCCGGGGCUGGCCGCCGGCGAGGUGGGCUCGGCGGGCGCCUCCAGCUGGUGGGACGUGGGCGCCGGCUGGAUCGACGUGCAGAGCCCCAACGGGGCCACCGCGCUGCCCGGCUCGCUGCACCCGGCGGCCGGCGGGCUCCAGACCUCGCUCCACUCGCCGCUGGGCGGCUACAACUCGGAUUACUCGGGCCUGGGCCACUCGGCCUUCAGCAGCGGCGCCUCCUCGCACCUCCUCAGCCCCGCCGGGCAGCACCUCAUGGACGGAUUUAAGCCGGUGCUGCCCGGCUCCUACCCGGACUCGGCCCCCUCGCCGCUGGCCGGCGCCGGGGGCUCCAUGCUGGGCGGCGGCCCCGCCGCGCCGCUGGCCGCCUCGCCGCGCUCCUCCGCCCGCCGCUACUCGGGCCGCGCCACCUGCGACUGCCCCAACUGCCAGGAGGCCGAGCGGCUGGGGCCGGCGGGGGCCAGCCUGCGGCGCAAGGGGCUGCACAGCUGCCACAUCCCCGGCUGCGGCAAGGUCUACGGCAAGACCUCGCACCUGAAGGCGCACCUGCGCUGGCACACGGGCGAGCGGCCCUUCGUCUGCAACUGGCUCUUCUGCGGCAAGCGCUUCACCCGCUCCGACGAGCUGCAGCGGCACCUGCGGACCCACACGGGCGAGAAGCGCUUCGCCUGCCCCGUCUGCAACAAGCGUUUCAUGCGCAGCGACCACCUCAGCAAGCACGUCAAGACCCACAGCGGCCCCGGCGGCGCCGGCGGCCCCGGCGGCGGCGGCCCCGGCGGCGGCCCCGGCCCCGGCGGCAAGAAGGGCAGCGACACCGACAGCGAGCACAGCGCGGCCGGCAGCCCGCCCUGCCACUCCCCGGAGCUGCUGCCGCCCCCCGAGCCCGGCCACCGCAACGGCCUGGAGUGA